AUGCCAGCAGAGUACAGUGCCUCAGCUACACUCAACAGAAACAAUUCUGCCAACCUUACAUGCAUAUUUCCUGUACCUUACGAUGCCCAACAGUGUGGAGAAACGAGUUCCAGGACUGCACGCUCAGAGGAAGACCGUGAAGGCCUCUGGGAUGCCUGGGGCCCUUGGAGUGAGUGUUCCCGCACCUGUGGCGGAGGUGCCUCCUAUUCCCUGAGACGCUGCCUGAGCAGCAAGAGCUGCGAAGGAAGAAAUAUUCGAUACAGAACAUGCAGUAAUGUGGACUGCCCACCAGAAGCAGGUGACUUCCGAGCUCAACAGUGUUCUGCUCAUAAUGACGUCAAGUACCAUGGCCAGUUUUAUGAAUGGCUUCCUGUAUCUAAUGACCCUGACAAUCCAUGUUCACUCAAGUGCCAAGCAAAAGGAACCAGCCUGGUUGUUGAACUAGCACCGAAGGUCUUAGAUGGUACUCGAUGCUAUACAGAAUCACUGGACAUGUGCAUCAGCGGCCUAUGCCAAAUCGUUGGCUGUGAUCACCAGCUGGGAAGCACCGUCAAGAAGGAUAACUGUGGAGUCUGCAGUGGAGAUGGCUCGACCUGCCGGCUGGUUCGAGGGCAGUAUAAAUCUCAGCUCUCUGCAAGUAAAUCGGAUGACACCGUGGUCGCCAUUCCGUAUGGCAGCAGACACAUCCGCCUUGUCUUAAAGGGGCCAGAUCAUUUGUAUCUGGAAACCAAGACGCUCCAGGGGACUAAAGGUGAAAACAGUCUGAGCUCUACAGGCACUUUCCUUGUGGACAAUUCUACAGUGGACUUCCAGAAACUUCCAGACAAAGAGAUACUGAGGAUGGCUGGGCCACUGACAGCAGAUUUCAUCGUCAAGAUCCAUGACUCGGGACCUGCAGACAGCACGGUCCAGUUCAUCUUCUACCAGCCUAUCAUCCACCGAUGGAGGGAAACAGACUUCUUUCCUUGCUCAGCAACCUGUGGUGGAGGUUACCAGCUGACAUCUGCUGAGUGCUAUGACCUUCGGAGUAGCCGUGUGGUGGCCGACCAGUACUGUCACUACUACCCUGAGAACAUCAAGCCCAAACCCAAGCUUCAGGAGUGCAACCUGGAUCCUUGUCCAGCCAGGUGGGAGGCCACCCCGUGGACCGCAUGCUCCUCCUCCUGUGGGGGGGGCAUCCAGAGCCGGGCAGUUUCCUGUGUGGAGGAGGACAUCCAGGGGCAUGUCACUUCAGUGGAAGAGUGGAAAUGCAUGUACACCCCAAAGAUGCCAGUCGUGCAGCCCUGCAACAUUUUUGACUGCCCUAAAUGGCUGGCACAGGAGUGGUCUCCGUGCACAGUAACCUGUGGCCAGGGCCUCAGAUACCGUGUGGUGCUCUGCAUUGACCACCGUGGAAUGCACACAGGAGGCUGCAGUGUGAAAACAAAGCCCCACAUAAAAGAAGAAUGCAUCAUUCCCACACCCUGCUACAAGCCCAGAGAGAAACUUCCAAUAGAGGCCAAACUGCCAUGGUUCAAGCAAGCCCAGGAGCUAGAAGAAGGAGCUGCCGUGUCUGAAGAGCCUUCGUUCAUCCCAGAAGCUUGGUCUGCCUGUACUGUCACCUGUGGCGUGGGAACCCAGGCGCGAACAAUAAGAUGCCAGGUGCUCCUGCCUUUCUCUCAGUCUGUGGCUGACCUGCCUGCGGAUGAAUGCGAAGGGCCCAAGCCAGCAUCGCAACGUGCCUGUUAUGCGGGACCGUGCAACGGGGAAACUCCCGAAUUUAACCCAGAUAAUGGAGACGGACUCUUGGGUGGCCUGCAGGACCUGGACGAGCUGUAUGACUGGGAAUAUGAGGGCUUCACCAAGUGCUCUGAGUCAUGUGGAGGAGGUGCUUUUGGGGCGAAAGGAAACCCCGCUGCAGCACAUUCUACUGUUCUCAAGAACAUAAUAGAGCCCCUAAGAUUUAUUCAGCUAGUUUUCCAACUAAAGGAGGGUGUUUAA